UCAUUUUUCUUCUGAAUCUAAUUUAGUUAAUAUAGAUUCAAGUUACUAUAUUUCUGUCAAAAAUGGAUUUGUUAAUGUUGAUUCAAGUUAUUAUAUUUCUGUAGAGGCCGAAUUUGUUGGUGCAGCUUCAGAUUGGUAUCUUUCUAUUAAUAAUAAGAUCAAAGCUAAAUUUAUUAAUAUAGAUUUAAGUAAUUAUAAUUCUAUUGAUGCUAAAUUUAUUG